CCCUCGCCCCCAGCCCUGCUGUACCUGCCGGACGGGUCGGCGCUGCCGCUGCCCCUGGAGCCGCCCCCGGGCCCCACGGCCGCGGAGCUGCUGCGCCGCCUGCAGGGGGCGCUGCGCCUCCCGCCCGCCGCCACCGACGCCUUCGCGCUGUGGUUGGGGUCGGAUCUGCUCGAGGUGCAGCUGAAGCCACGGCACCGACCCUUGCGCCUGGUCCGGCACUGGCCGGAGCUGCUGCUGCGCUUCAGCCUCGGCUCGCCCGCGGCCAUCGCCCAAGAUGAGCCRUGUCUGCAGCUGCGCAGGAAUGUGUUCUUCCCCAAGAGCCGCGAGCUGGAGCUGCAGGAGGAGGAGCUGCUCCGGUUGCUCUAUGAGGAGGCGCGGGAGCAGCUGCGUGGGGGUCGCUACCCCGUGGACCCCCCCGARGCGGCCGAGCUGGGGGGGCUCAGCUGCCGCCUGCGCCUGGGACCCUUCGAGCCCGGCCGGCACACGGAGCUCAGCCUGCGGCCGCUGCUGGGGGAGCUGCUGCCGCCGGGUCCUCCGGCCCGCUGGGGGGCGCUGUUCCGGCGCUCGCGGGAGCCGGGCCCCGCCCAGCGGCUGCUCGAGGCGUUCGCGCGCGCGCCGGGCCCCGAGGCGCCCCCUGCCGGAUUGUACCGGGACUUCCUGCGCCGCUGCCACGCCCUGCCCGGCUACGGGUGAGAGGGGGACCCCAAAGGGACACCCC